CACGAAGCGAGUGUAUAAAAAGGCCCAAACCAAAAAAACUGCACAGAACACUCGAGGAUUUCUGUGAGCUGCUGUUUGGUAACAAGAAUGCUGCGGUUCAUUGUAGCCCUCUGUCUCCUGGCCGUGUCCUGGGCACAGGACUGCGAGGUGGCCAACAUUCAGGUUAUGCAGAACUUCAACAAGACCAGGUAUACAGGGACGUGGUACGCUGUUGGGAAGAAGGACCCAGAGGGUUUGUUCUUACUCGACAACAUUGUGGCUAACUUUGAAAUCAAAGAAGACGGCUCAAUGACUGCCACUGCCAGGGGAAGAGUAAUUAUCUUUAACCACUGGGAGGUCUGCGCUGACAUGUUUGCCACCUUUGAAGAGACACCUGACCCUGCCAAGUUCAGAAUGAAGUACUGGGGAGCCUCUGCUAUGCUGCAGACUGGAGACGAUGACCACUGGGUGAUCGCCACCGACUACGAUAACUACGCCAUCCAGUACUCGUGCAGAAGGAGAAACGAAUGGGAUGGCACCUGUGAGGACAGCUACUCCUUCAUUUUCUCCCGUCAUAUCACUGGUCUGAGGCCAGAGGACCAGGCGAUGGUCGUCCAUAAGAAGAGGGAGAUCUGCUUACUGGGCAAAUACAGACAGGUUUCGCAUACGCUGGGCAAGUGUGAGGCUCUCACACCCAUCGACUCAAUCAAUGGGGGAGAAUUUGCCGGGUUGUAGAUCUGUCACUGUGAAAACUCUCUCGCAGACUUUGAGCCCUUCAUGCGCACUUUGUGUGAGCUGGCAUUUCUGUGGACUUUGACAAAGGGGGAACUACUCACAGUGCAUAGGGUUUGGAUAAACAAACAAACAGAAUGAAGAGUUGAAAAAAUGCAUGGAAGAAGCAACCAACCCCCGUUGUCGACAUUUCAAGAAAAAAAAAUGACAUUUUCACUUAAUCUGGAGAAUUUCUGUUAAGUUUUACAUAAUGAUAAUGUUUUUCAGCUCCUCUUCAGUAGAACAUAUGUCAAUUUUGUGAAUUAUGUUCCAACAUGGAGGGAAAUAAAUGUCACAUAUGACACCAGUGUGUUUGAUUGCUCCAGUGUAAUGUAAGUAGAAGCUCACUGUCGAUGCUUGAAGUAAAAGAGUUUCUGUGA